AUGGGUCUCACGCCAGUCCAUUUCUUCUCCCAUGGGUCUACCAUGAUGCUCGGGGAGAAGAGCAAUUCCGCCGAUUACUGGAGAAAAUGUGGCGACGAGGCUCUGGCGAGGAACAUCAAAGGAGUGGUGAUCAUGGGAGCCCACUGGGAUUGUCUCGGGGACAAAAUCCAGGUUGCAACCAAUCCAAAGCCCGCGAAAAGCCCUGUCGCCUAUGUCGACCCCAAGAAAUAUGUGGACUACGAGCUGAAUCCCGAUCUGGAGACAGCACAGCGAUGCAUCGACAUGCUGGCGCAGGAGGGAUUCAACGUUGACGGCAAUCCCAACUUUGACUGGAUUCACGACGUCUAUCUGAUUCUGAUCCACAUGUUUCCCAACGGCUGUCCUCCGACUACGAUCAUCUCCAUGAACGCCCGCUACGAUCCACACUACCACAUGAAAGUUGGCGCGACCCUGCGCCCCCUGCGCAAGGAGAACUAUCUACUCAUUGGGACGGGCGGCUCGGUUCAUAAUUUGUACCGUAACAAGUGGGCACCGAUGCUUCGGUUCCGUGAUAACUUCGCUAUGGAGACGCCGCCCGAGGACUGGGCCUUGGAAUUCCGCCAGGCGGUGGAAGAUGUCAUCUUGAAGACCUCUGGUCCGCAGCUGCGUCGCGCAAUGACUCGUCUGAUGAAACAUCCUCGGUUCCGUGAUGCACAUGCCACGGAUGAUCAUUUCAUGGCUGCAAUGUUUGUGGCCGGGGCAAUGGGAGAUUUUGAAGAUAGUGGGACGGCUGCCGUCAUGCCGGCGGAGGAUUGGGAGUUGACAAAUAUGUGCAACUCACAGUUUACCCUUGGCUCGUGGAAGGCAGUGGCAGUAUAG